GUGUCAAAUCAAUUAAUCAUUUUAAUAACUUAUUUUAUUUUUCUAUCCAAUAUUUUUUAAAUGUUUAAAUUAGACGAGAACUACUAUUAUCGAAAAUGCUUCUUCGAAAGAGAGCCUCAGGUGCCCACGCAGUCACAGAUAAAGAAAAAGAUGGGAGAGCCUUUGGCAAACGUUUACUUCAAGUCCAUGACCCCAAAGCUGAAGGUUCUUGCCGGCUUAGAACCAGUCAUGAAGGGCGGUGGAGCAAACUGGUACAUGCCACCACAUGAGGUUUUAAAAAGUCGACAUGUCCUUAAACCUAUACGGAAAGAACAUCUCUCCAAACUUAGUUACAUAGGCAUAGACGGGUACGCUGAACGUAUGCACGAUGAGCAUUUCCAAAACAUGGAAAAAGAGAAAAAGCGAGCUUUAGAGCAAAGCGACGAACAGUGGAAAGUGAGAAUUAAAUUAGCCUGUGAAGCUCAAUGGUACGAUGAAGCUAAAGAUGCGGAGAAAAAGAACACGGCCAUGAUUCAACAGGCUUUCCAUGAGUUCACUAUGCUAUAUUCCACUUCCAUAAACAAAAUUGAAUCGCUGCUUUUCCAAGCGGCUGAAGCGGAAAUUAAAAGAACUAGAGAAGCUGCGUUUGAAAAAAUGCAAGCGCAUUAUGAAGGUCUUCUGAAACAACAAGCGACUAUGCUGUACGAUAGAUACGCUAAAAAACUUGAAACGAAAAAGUUAGAACUGAAAGAUCAGUUUUUAAAGAAGAUUAAUAAAGCUAAUGAUGACACUUGGAAACGCAUCCACGAUAUUAAUGUUGAGAAACACGUUGCUAUAGAAAAGUUGAGACAUCUACUUGAAUGUCAGAAUUUGGCGUGUCAAGUAUACGUAGCACUCAAGGAGAGGGAGGAGUGCGCGAAAGAAAUGGAAAGUGCCAAACAUAAAUACGAGAAAAAGGUCAAACGUCUCGACGAUAACAUAGUGAUGAAAGAUGUAAAAAUUGCACUGGCUGCGGCAAAAGAAAAAAGAGUACGAGAAUUCGACAGGAUUUGGCAGAAAAAAGUUUGUCACACCGUAAAGAAGUUCCAAAUUUUUGUGUCUUACUGCCUUAACACGCUCCCGGAGUAUGCAGAGUUCUUCAUUAAUAUUGAAAAGCUAAUGAUGAUUCAGCUAGAAGAGGUAAUGCAAAAUCCCAGCGCUGAGAGUUUGUUUGAAGACGAAAGGGAAAAGGUAUCGACUCCCGUGGCUCGACCGCACCCUUUUUAUCUCUGCUGUGAGAAAAGAUAUAAGCCGCAAAUUGAUAAGGACCUUUGCCCUGUUCAUUGCACUGCGAGCGCUGAGCAGUUCCCAGUAGUAAUCAUCAAUAAACGAUGCAUAUACGCCGCUUGCGACAAUUUCAACCUGUUCACAUCUAAAAUAAAGGACUUCGUGGAAGGUGAACGUGGCGAUGACGCGGAUUUUGUUGAUGAUCACGAUUACACCUACGACGUGCCUGUUAGAUACACUUCUUCGACUCAUUUGCGAGCAUUGCAAUUAGAAAGCUCGCUCAUGCAAAUCUUACAACAAGAACGACCUAAUGUGAAAGGAGUCUCGACUGCAUGCUGCGUAUGCAGACUACCCUACUGUUUCUGUAGUCCCAUUAAAAUAAGAAGUCCAAAACCAGAGAAAGUUAUCAAGAAAACUCCUUCCAUACAUUCUAUACCAUCUGGCAACAAGAUAGAAUCGAGGGAAGUAGAACUAAAACAUGAACGGGAGCCUAAAUGGGAAAGCUACCUGGACUUCGUAAAGCCAAAGAGAUGUGAAUGCGCUAAACUAGCUAAACAUCACUUGCAGGAGCACUUACCUGCAUAUAUGAGGAUCACGUCCCCUUAUGAUGCACCUGAUCUGCCCAAUUACGAGCCUUGCGAUCUCGAUACUCUGAAAAAGCUGGUUCGGAAGGCUCAAGGCAAACGCAAACCGCCGCCUCCUCUCGCCAAAGUCCCGUCCAAAACUAAAGACGUGGGUACACAGUACUCUGACCAAGAAUUUGAUAAGUUGUGCACUUGUUUCUCGGACGAAGAAUUGGAUAAGCUUUUCCAUGAGAUAUUGAAUAGUCCACAGGGUAAAGUGAAAGAUCGGUUUGCCGUGGUAGAUGGUUCUGUUUCGGGCACAAACAAGGACCCUGAAAUUUUCGCUGCAGCGCGCGCCUUUUCACUCAGGAAUUUGCUAGAAGGCGCGCCGCAACUCGAAGAAAUCUUUAAAAAACCAUCGUGUUCUUGGUCGCAAGAUUAGGUGCAAAACGUUAUAUUUCUGAUGGUUAAUGUUUUAAAUUUAACUAAUAAAA